AUGCUGCCAAUUUUAUUGAUUUUAAGUUUCAUAGGUAAUUUUAAGCUCGCAAAAUUAAUACCGUACCCAAGGUUUUUUGCAGUUCCAAUCUACAGUAUCCAAUGUUGGAAUUGUGUUGGCUCAGAUUGUGAUACUUAUUCAAAAACUUCGAAAAAUUGGGAAUUGAUAACUUGUCCGACUGGAAGUGUAUGUCAGAAGACAAGCUUCUCAUUUUACAGUAAUCAAAAAAAUCAAUCGGAAACUGCGCAUACUGUUAGAAGUUGCUCAUAUGAAACAGGUAUUGAUUUUUUUUUUUCGAGAAAAAAUUAAUUUAUUCAGGAUUUUUUCUGCUCUGAAAAAUUUAGAAUUAAAAAAGUACAGUAAUUUCUGCACAGUAAACUUUGAGCUACAGUAAUUCUUGUCCUAAAAAAGGAUUUUUAUUUUUUGAAAAAAAUUUAAAUUUUGAAUUUUGGCGCCAAAAAUACUUUUAGCCCAAAAUUUCGGGAUCCACGUGGAUUUUUUUUUGAAUUGAAAAAAAACCAAAAAAAAUUUCAUGUGCGAAAAAAACUACAGUAACCCACAAAAUUAGUUGUCUUCGAUCUACUUCCACGUGGAUUUAGAGUACGGUAGAACCUGCAGAUCUAACUCGAGGAAAAUUUGAAUGAAGAAAAUCAACAGAAGAUUUUUCGAGUUAGAUACGCAGGUUGAGCCUAGGAUUACUGUAUGAGCCUUUAAAAAAUCUGGAAGUGCGAAAAAAACUACAGUAACCCACAAAAUUAGUUGUCUUCGAUCUACUUCCACGUGGAUUUAGAGUACGGUAGAACCUGCAGAUCUAACUCGAGGAAAAUUUGAAUGAAGAAAAUCAACAGAAGAUUUUUCGAGUUAGAUACGCAGGUUGAGCCUAGGAUUACUGUAUGAGCCUUUAAAAAAUCUGGAAUUUUUAAAAAUAAUUACUGUAUGCGCCUUUGAAAAAAUACCUCAAAAAUCCCCAAAAUUCUUCCAGGCUGCAUAAUAGAGCGAAGUAAAACGUGCAAAAAAUCGGCCAUCGAAUAUGCCGGAAAAGGAUGUGUCGAUCGAUAUUGUUGUGCAAAAGAUCAGUGUAAUUUCGGAGUGUCGUUGAACAAUUUUGGAAUUUGCGCGAUUCUUAUGGCUCUUCUAAUUUUUUGA